CCUCUCACUCACACAACCCAUCCUCACCUCCACCAACUCAUACCACAAUGUCUGACACCGGCCGUCAAUCUUUCACCGACAAGGCUGAGGCCUCCCUGAAGCCCGACUCUGAGAAGAGCUUCACCGAGCAUGUUGGGGACAAGUUCAAGGGCAAGGCCGACUCUGCCGCUUCCUCCGCCCAACCCCAGUCCGAGAAGUCCUACACCCAGAAGGCUGGCGAUACCCUGAGCGGCAACUCCAACAACGACUCGGAGUCGAUCAUGGACAAGACCAAGAACGCUCUGGGCAUGGGCAACCGUUCCUAAGCGGACGAUGAACCAAGAACGCUAAGAUUGUAACAUUGGAUGUAUCACUUUGUACCAUCACCCACGCAUAAUACAGCGUUUCGAGCAUACGUACCUGAGGCAUAAUCACUCGAGAGUGUUUAGCAAGGUUUCCCCUUAGAAUCUGCCACACUUGGGCUCAACUUCCUCAGGAAUUGAAAUCUUCUAUGAAAUUAUCCUGUUGCAGGCCAUCAAAUGUCGGAAUAUGAAGAUGGGAGUAUUGUUAACAAGCGAGGAUCAUUUAUGUAGCUUCUCUCACCAGCCGCGCGAAAGCUUCCAGUGGUUAAAAGCAUUGCGAUAUAGGUAGGUCAUGAUGGCUGUACGACGCUAGAGAGUACGUCCAGGAACUCAUGCGGGCGAUCCCAGUGUACGAAAUGGUUGCCCUGGGGUAUCUGGACAGAACUUAUUAGGCGCACUUUCUCCCCUCUUGCCACAUGCGCCUCGUAUUUCUUCCUGGUCUGGAU